AUGCCAGCUGGUAUAAAAAAGGCAGCGAAGAAAGGAAGGAAAAGACAAGAGACAGCAGCCAAUAAGAAAUCAGAUUCGGCAGAAAAUCUUCACUUACUCACAGACAAAAGUCCAGACUAUGAACAGCUCGUUAAUGACACGAUUAAAUGUCAAAAGUUUGUGGAUAGAGUCAAAGAAAUAACUAAAUCGUUACAACCACGUUUGGAUUCGACGAUGAAAGAAGACAAGCAGGCAACAGAAGAAUUUGCAUCAGAUCCAAAUGUGAUUGUUGUUAACCGAACGAAAAAACGUAGAAGAGUGGCACCUCUUCCGUCUGCUACAAGUACGGAUACUACACCGUCUGCUUAUCCGGAAUAUCUGCUACAUUCGGCUCCAUCAGAGAAUGUAUCGAAUGCAGCAGAACGAUAUGCUUGUUCGUUUGCUUUUCCACCGAUCAAAAUUAUACCGCUUACGACUAACAAUCAGAUGUUCAACUUGACUGGAUCUGCUGUUACCAGAUUUCUCGAUGAAUUUCGUUUGCCCGAUGAAGCUGAGUCCAAUAUAGCGUAUUGGAGAAUUAGAUCUGGGAAUCUCUUAUUGUUCGCCGGGGACAGAGAAACGUUUUCACAAUUGCUUGACGAACGAGUGUACCCAAGGCUAAUUGGUAGUUACAAUUUCAAAAUGGAAUAUCCGAAAAAGAUUCCUCCACAGCUUUCACUGUUAAUACUUGGCGUACCGAUAGCGAUGAACGUUGAACAUCUCGUUCAAGAAAUACA